UCCCCCGGGGCGCAUGCGCAGUGGCUGCCUCCCCUCUUCCUCCCCGGCAGCGCCGGAGCCCCAGCCGCCGGAGCAGCAGCAGCAGCUGACGAUGAGGAGGAGCGCGGGGGGGGGCGGCAGCGGCGGCGGGGGGGCCCGUUAUUUAUACCGUUAAAGGGACAGGCCGCUCGUUCCGCUCGGCGGGGGCGGGGGGCCGGUGCCAGGCGCCCCGAGUUUCCCCCCCCCCCCCCGUCCCCGUCCCUCCCAGCCCCGCCGGAGGAGUUUAUUCCCCCCCUUCCCCCCCCCCACCCCCCUCCCUUUUCCCCGCUGCGGCGGUCGGCGAAGGCGAGAGGCGGCCCCGACAGCUCGGCGGGGGAGCGGCAGGCAGUUGGGCAGCCCCCACCCCCCGCGCUCCCCUCCUCCCCCUUUAUUACCCUUUGUGUGCGUCUCCGCCUGCGCCGCUCCGGGGCCGGCCCGGGCGCCGGGGGGGCCGCUGAGAUCCUUGUUGACGAUGAUGGUCAUUGGAGGCAUAAAUAUUGAAGAAUAUAUCGUUUACAGACAAGAUCUUUGAAAUCUGUUUCCUUCAGACAGCAAAGGAAGAAGAGGCUUUAUCACAACAAAACACAAGAAACAUAAAGACUUGAAGAAACAGCACUUCUGUCAUUCUUUCCAAAAGUUCAGAGACCCACCGAAACCUGGUGGUCACCUCCACCAGUCUUCCCCAUUUGAGGUAGAUGUAACGUGGGGUGCAAGAGUUCCUCAGAUGAGGGGUGUAGUAAGACAAGGAGCCAGCCUUGAUGGACAUAGCCCAUUAUCGAGAUCUACACAGGAGACUGUCUAAAGCAAAGCUGAAAGUGCAUCAAGAAUUUUAAGAAGCCUAAAGAUCCCCAAGGUAACUAGAAGGAAGACCAUGAGGAGUAAUGUAGCUCGGACUGAACAAGAUGAACGUACCCACCUUCAAUCUAAUGCUUAAUGAGGAAAAAGGCUGUUUCAUUGGAGCCAGGGAGUCAUGAAAGAAACUCAAGAAGACAACUUGGAUAAUGAACGGAAGAUAAAAAGAAAACAAAAAGAAUGUGGCAUAUAAAGGGUAUAAUACCUGGAGGUAUUAGAUCUGACUCAUAUUUAUAAAAAUGAGACGAGCUUUCACAAAAUACAAGUUAUCUUAGACAGUCAUCAAGCUUGGAGCCAUGCUGUUGAACUAGAAAUUCUCCUUUUCCCCAUUCUCCUUUCUGACAGGUAACAAAGGAUUGGUGAAUUAUGAUUUUCCCAAGUUGGAAGCACUAAUUUUUAUCUAUAUAGUUCAUCCUUAUGAAUAUAUAAGGAGUUAAACAUUGCAUAUUUAAUGUGGAUUAUAAUGGGAAAGUGACUCAUUAACAAAAAUGGCCACUUUUAAGGACUUGGUUUCAAACUGAGCUGGAGCCUCCCAAUGCACUUUGUACAGUUUGGGGAAAGGUGUGCUGAAUGGCCUUCUUUGGGAGGCCAUGAUGACAUGUAGUAAAAGGAUAUCAUCUUACUGUUGAUAUCUUUGAAGACUCAUAAACAGAAACAGAAAAAUGAAUGGUGGAAAGGAGUGUGACGGAGGGGACACGGAUGGAGGGCCACCAGCAGUGCAAGUUCCCGUUGGUUGGCAGCGGCGGGUGGACCAAAGUGGAGUGCUCUAUAUCAGUCCCAGUGGGUCUUUAUUAUCCUGCUUGGAGCAGGUGAAGACUUACUUGCUGACUGAUGGAACAUGCAAGUGUGGCCUAGAAUGUCCUCUUGUUCUUCCCAAGGUCUUUAAUUUUGAUCCUGGAGCUGCUGUAAAGCAGAGAACUGCUGAAGAUGUUAAAGCGGACGAAGAUGUCACCAAACUAUGCAUACACAAACGGAAAAUUAUUGCUGUGGCUACACUUCAUAAAAGCAUGGAAGCACCACAUCCUUCACUAGUUCUGACUAGUCCUGGUGGUGGGACAAGUGCAACUCCAGUAGUUCCUACUCGAGCAGCAACUCCAAGAUCAGUGAGGAAUAAAUCGCAUGAAGGAAUUACAAAUUCUGUGAUGCCAGAAUGUAAGACUCCUUUCAAGUUGAUGAUAGGGGCAUCUAAUGCCAUGGGUAGGCUUUACGUGCAAGAAAUGGCUGGAAGCCAGCAACAAGAACUUCAUUCUGUCUAUCCUAGGCAGAGAUUGGGUAGUAAUGAACUUGGACAGAAGUCUCCGUAUCGUGGCAGUCAUGGUGGGAUGCCCAGUCCAGCUUCAUCAGGAUCACAGAUAUACGGAGAUGGCUCAAUCUCUCCUAGGACUGACCCACUUGGAAGCCCUGAUGUUUUCACAAGGAACAAUCCCAAUUUUCAUGGAGCACCCAACUCUAGUCCUAUUCACAUGAACAGGACACCUCUGUCUCCACCAUCAGUAAUGCUACAUGGUUCUCCCAUACAGUCAUCCUGUGCAAUGGCUGGAAGGACUAAUAUACCUCUUUCCCCAACCUUGACCACAAAAAGCCCAGUAAUGAAAAAACCGAUGUGUAACUUUUCAUCUGGUAUGGAAAUACCACGAGCAAUGUUUCACCAUAAACCACCCCAAGGUCCACCCCCGCCUCCUCCACCGCCUUCUUGUGCUCUUCAGAAAAAGCCAUUAACAUCAGAAAAGGAUCCACUUGGCAUACUUGACCCUAUUCCUAGCAAACCAGUGAAUCAGAAUCCUGUUAUCAUUAACCCAACUACUUUCCAUUCAAAUGUCCACUCUCAGGUACCCGUGAUGAAUGUAAGCAUGCCUCCUGCUGUCGUCCCUUUGCCAAGUAACCUUCCUUUGCCAACUGUAAAACCUGGUCACAUGAACCAUGGAAGUCAUGUUCAAAGAGUUCAGCAUUCUGCUUCAACUUCCCUCUCUCCUUCACCAGUGACGUCCCCAGUUCAUAUGAUGGGAUCCGGGAUUGGAAGGAUCGAGGCUUCUCCCCAAAGAUCACGUUCUUCUUCCACGUCAUCAGAUCAUGGAAAUUUCCUGCUGCCUCCAGUAGGACCACAGUCAUCCUGUAGUGGUAUUAAAGUUCCUCCCAGGUCCCCAAGGUCAACAAUAGGGUCACCGAGACCAUCUAUGCCAUCUAGCCCUUCCACCAAGCAUGAUGGACUUAAUCAAUACAAGGACAUCCCUAACCCAUUAAUUGCUGGAAUGAGUAAUGUAUUAAAUCCUCCAAACAAUGCAGUUUUUUCUACUGCAUCGGCUGGAAGCGGUUCCUUGAAGAGUCAGCCUGGUUUGCUGGGAAUGCCUUUAAAUCAGAUCUUGAACCAGCACAACGCUGCCUCUUUUCCAGCAAGUAGUUUACUCUCAGCAGCAGCCAAAGCACAGCUAGCAAAUCAAAAUAAACUUGCUGGUAACAACAAUAACAGCAGUAGCAAUUCUGGACCUGUUGCCAGCGGUGGCAACAACGAAGGACAUAGCACUUUAAAUACCAUGUUCCCUCCUGCUGCCAAUGUGCUUCUACCGACGACUGAAGGGCAAAGUGGCCGAGCAGCACUCAGAGAUAAAUUGAUGUCUCAGCAAAAAGAUCCUCUGAGAAAAAGAAAGCAGCCGACCACCACGGUGUUGAGUUUGCUGAGACAGUCUCAGUUGGACAGUUCUGGAGUUUCCAAAGCUGGAUCUGAUUUGAUAAGAAAGCAAAGUCAAAGCUCCUUUCCCAUCAGUUCUAUGUCCCAGCUGCUUCAGUCCAUGAGUUGUCAGAGCUCUCACAUGAGCAGCAAUAGUACCACCAGUUGUGGGAGCUCAAAUACUGCUUUACCUUGCUCUGGUAACCAGAUGCAUUUUGCAGACACCAGUAUGAACUCUGGCAGUCUCCAGAACUCGCUGGCACAGAGUUUGCCCUUGCGAGGGGAAAGUGUGCACUGCCAGAACACAAACACUAACUUUGUCCACGGUACUAGCCCGGGCACAACCAACCAUCUUGCAGGUUUAAUAAAUCAGAUGCAGGCUAGCGGGAACUGUGGGAUGCUCAGUCAGACAGGAAUGGCUUUAGGAAAUUCAUUACAUCCGAACCCACCUCAGUCGAGAAUCCAGGCAUCCUCCACUCCAGUGGUACCAAACAGCAUUGUUAGCAGCUGUAAUCAAACAAGUCCUGAAGCAGGGGGUUCAGGACCAUCGUCAUCAAUAGCCAUAGCUGGCACCAGCCAACCUGCCAUCACAAAGACAACAUCUGUGCUUCAAGACGGUGUUAUAGUCACUACUGCUGCUGGAAACCCACUUCAGAGCCAGCUGCCCAUUGGGAGCGAUUUCCCUUUUGCUGGCCACGAACACUCGCUUCAUUUUCCGCAGAACAGCUCUUCAAACAACAAUCUUCCACAUUCUUUGAAUCAAAACCUCCUCAAUUCUCUACCUAUCUCUUUGCCAGUGAAUCAGCAACAUCUCCUAAACCAGAAUCUAUUAAAUAUACUACAGCCUUCAGCAGGAGAAGGCAAGUCUGAGGUCAACCUCAACCCUUUAGGUUUUCUCAACCCGAAUGUAAAUGCUGCUUUAGCUUUUCUCUCCAGUGACGUGGAUGGGCAGGUAUUGCAGCCUGUUCAUUUUCAGCUUCUAGCAACCCUCCUUCAGAACCAAGCCCAAGCAGCUGCCAUGCUUCCCCUACCAUCUUUCAAUCUGACCAUCUCAGAUCUGUUGCAACAGCAAAAUAACCCUUUACCCUCAGUAACACAGAUGACAGCCCCACCUGACCAUUUGCCAAGCAAUCAGUCAGAAAGCAACAGGGUGGAGACCCUUUUAACCAACCCCCUGGGCAACCCCAUACCAAGCUUUUCAGGCACUGACACUACUUCUAACCCCCUGCUCCUCCCAGCUGUCUCUGGGGCCUCAGCAUUAAUGGCCUUGAAUCCCCAGCUGGUGGGAGGUGUCCUGAACUCUGCAUCGGGCAACACCGCUAAUCAUCCAGAGGUUUCCAUAGCCACCUCCUCCCAAGCAACCACUACCACAACCACUACAUCAUCAGCAGUGGCAGCACUGUCUGUCUCAACCCUGGGUGGUGGGACAGCAGUGGUGUCAAUGGCAGAAACAUUGCUGAACAUAUCUAAUAAUGCUGGGAAUACAUCUGGUCCAGCUAAACUCAACAAUAACUCUGUGGUGCCACAGCUACUUAACCCUCUACUGGGGACAGGUCUGCUUGGUGACAUGUCAUCUAUAAACACUACUUUGAAUAACCAUCAGCUGAGUCAUCUCCAGUCGCUAUUAAACAACAAUCAGAUGUUUCCUUCAAAUCAGCAGCAGCAGCACCUUCUCCAGGGGUAUCAGAACAUGCAGGGCUUUCAAGGCCAGCCCCCAAUUCCUGGCCCAGCUAACAACCCAAACCCCAUGGCGUGUCUGUUCCAAAAUUUCCAGGUGAGGAUGCAGGAAGAUGCUGCUGUCCUAAACAAAAGAAUGAUCACUCAAAUGGGAAUGGCACCAGUUCCUGAGAGCUCCAGCACUAUGCUUCCUCCUUUCCAAGAAACAUCUUGUGAUUUGCAGCAAAGAACUGAACCAUCUCUCGGACAACAGGCAAAGGAUAACCUCAAUAUCGCUGCUCAGGGUGACACAUCGGUGGACGCUAUCUACAAAGCGGUUGUAGAUGCUGCAAGCAAAGGAAUGCAAGUGGUGAUCACCACUGCCGUUAGCAGUACAACACAAAUGAGUCCCAUUCCAGCUUUGAGUGCCAUGAGUGCCUUCACAGCCUCAAUUGGUGACCCAUUAAACCUUUCUAGUGCUGUCAGUGCAGUAAUCCACGGAAGAAACAUUGCCGUUUCUGAUCACGAAGGUAGGAUAAGGAACACUAGAGGAACACGAAUACUGAAGAAUUCAGAGCACGGUAAAAAUUCAAGUGAAGGGGAUGGGUAUGAAUAUUACAAAUCCACAAGUUGUAACACACCCAAAAAACAGUGGGAAGGGGAGCAAAGCCCUGUCAGUGAGAUAAAUAGAUGGAAAUGUGAUGAGUUUCUAGACCACUCUGCCCAUAUCCAUAGUAGUCCUUGUCACGAAAGGCCCAAUAACAUCUCCACACUGCCACUAUUACAAGGCGAGCAGCAUCAGAUACUGUUAUCACAGCGAAACUGUCAGAGUGAAAAAAUGUUGGAGGAGAAUUUCAGGUAUAACAAUUACAAAAGAACUAUGAUGAGUUUUAAAGAAAGACUGGAGAACACUGUGGAACGAUGUGCACACAUAAACGGAAAUAGGCCUCAGCAGAACAGAGGAUUUGGGGAGUUGCUGAACACUUCUAAACAAGACCUGAUUCUGGAAGAGCAAUCUCCAAGUUCCUCCAAUAGCUUGGAAAGUUCGUUAGUUAAAGACUAUAUCCAUUACAAUGGAGAUUUUAAUGCCAAAAGCAUUAAUGGGUGUGUGCCUAGCCCUUCAGAUGCUAAAAGCAUCAGUAGUGAAGAUGACCUAAGGAACCCAGACUCCCCUUCUUCAAAUGAGCUGAUACAUUACAGGCCGAGGACGUUUAAUGUUGGCGACUUGGUCUGGGGCCAAAUCAAAGGACUGACUUCAUGGCCUGGAAAACUAGUAAGAGAAGAAGACGUUCACAAUUCAUGUCAACAAAACGCUGAGGAGGGGAAGGUCUGGGUAAUGUGGUUUGGUGUUCAUACCUUCACUCAGGUGGAGCCAGAGAAGUUGAAGACACUAACAGAAGGUCUAGAAGCUUACAACCGAGCCAGGAAAAGGAACAGAAAAAGUGGAAAGCUAAAUAACCAUUUAGAAGCUGCUAUACACGAGGCCAUGAGUGAACUAGACAAAAUGUCUGGGAAUGUCCACCAAAUCCCCCAGGGAGACAGACAAGUGAAGCCUCCAAAGCCCAAGAGGAGGAAGAUCUCUAGAUAACAUUGAAUGUCUUUGUUACUGGUCCAGUACUUAUCAGAAUGAACGUGCACAAAAGUCUAUAUGUAGGUAUUGAUAUACAGCCGUGGUUAUAUCAAUAUUUAUGUGAAGACAGCCAGACGCCAUCACAGGGUGCUACGCGGGAUUAGUGGUACACUAUUGUUGCUGACAGGAGGGAUAGCGGUCGCUGGAGAAGCCAAUCAGAAAUCUCAAAAGGUUGCAGUAACAAUGUCAGAUGAUUACUGAUUUUUUUUUUUUUUCUAUAAUACUAAAAUUGUGAUUAUAAGAAAUAGUCCAAAUGUUUCUGAGAAAUUUUCAUUGUGUAUAUAGAUAAUACAGAAUUUCAUGGUGAUAUCUGAAAUGUAAAUAUUGUACAAUAUUGUCAUGUACAAGCGUACCUAAUGCACACUUUAUCUUUUAUUGUACAAAAAAUAGUGUACAAAAUUCUUUGGUUUCUAUUGAGUACACAUACAAGAGACUACCAGUGUAAAGUGAUAAAUAAAAAUACAGCCUAAAUGCUUUUAUAUGAUAAUGUAAAAGAUGCUGUUUUUGUAUUUAACAGCAGAGAGAAGGCAUGAUAAUGUAAUACCUUAAUUCUGACAUACACUUCACGCCACUGGGUGUUCAUCGACGCUGUCUGUUUGGAAUGAACCUCGCCUGGAAGUACCGUGCUCCGGUCCAGGUCUCUGUAGGAGAGUGCAGCCUUGCAGAUUCCUAACGGGAUGUGGGAUCACAGCUCUUAAUUAAUAAUUCAAAGGCCGCAACCGCGGGUUGUGUUUUUAUUUACUUAACUUUUAAAGUAGAAUGCUGUAGAUUUUAUUAAAAAGGAAAAAAAAAAAAAGUAGAUGGGCUAUUUUAGUCAGCCAUUUCUGUAGUUAAAGUUUCAUAGCCACCUGAGAAACUAAACGGUUUAUAUCCCCCGUAACGUUGACCCCGCAGAACCCCCUAGAUUUAUUAGCUUAAAUUAUCUGAAGUCAUUAACGGUGGUGUUUACUUUCCAGGGGGCAGAGGCCCCGCUUGACUAAUGUGAUCAGUAUUGAUUACGGUUUGGUUUUGCAGCAGAAUGGCAGGGCGUGCUCCCCAGCGUUCCUAAAAGUAACUCCAGUAUCCAGCUCGCAGUAUUAAAACGAAAAAUUAAGGGUGGCUUACAAAACUGUUAGCAACAGUAAUUUUUAUCAGUAUUAUGUAACAUAUCAGAUUUAUUUUAUUUAAAAAGAAUUAUUUAUACCAUUAACAGAUUCUUAUAUAUAUUAAUGUGGCUGAAAUGUGCAGGUUAAAUCUAUUAACCAAAUUUAUUUAUGUUAUAUUAAGUGAGAAAUGUGAAACAUAUGUAGAAAAAAAUUAAUACACUACAGAUUUAAAAGUCUAAAGCUAUGAGCCAUUAUAAAAUUAACGGACGGAAGUGUAGCACAACAUCAUUUCCAUUUUAUCUCGUUUUUCUUUUUAACACGGAUGGUGGUGAUGGUGGUGGAAGCCGUGACAUCCUCUGUCUUCAAGGCUUCCCGAAUAACUCUCCGGUCACCAUUCCCGGUCCCGGGGUGGAGUCCGUAACCCCCCCACCUCUUCGUCCGGGACCACCACUUACCUCAGAUUUCCUCCCCCAGCCCGAAGUUCCCAAAUCUGAUGGUGUAGCUAAGGACUGGCAGGGAUCAGCAUCCUGGGCAGCUGGCGGGGUGGCCGCGCUCCAGACUCCGGCCCUGGGCGCCAGGACCCCCCCGUUGCUCCGCUCCCCACCCGGCUCCCGCACUCCGCGCUGGGCAGGACGAGCCCCAGAGCAGCCGUCCCCCGGGGCCGCGGGACCCGGCGCCUUUCCCAGCCUCUGCUCUGGCUACCUCUGGGCUCGCCCCGGGGCUUGCCGGUGUCCGGCGGGCGGCUCUCCCUCCUCCUGGCCCAGCCCGAGGGCUCGCCGCGGCCACCCUGGCUACAGGGGCCUGGAGGCGGGAGCCCGUCCUUCCGCGGGGUAGGUUCAUUUGUCUUCUGUAACGCCACCGUCCUCCAUGCACGCUCCCGUGAAGUGAUCGAUUUGAUUUUCAUUUUUGUUUUUAAUUUGAAUUAUUUUGGGGGGGUGGGGGGGCGGGGGGGGGGGGGGCCGUAGGUUAGCUCACGUUUUUUCCGUUCCGAGUUGCCGUGUUGGUUUGAAGAGUCGAUGUUGUCCAUUCUCCCGCUCUCCUGCUCUGCCCGCGUCCCCGUGGGGCUGACCCCGGCCCCGCGCGCGUGUGCCUGUCUCCGCUGCCUUCUGCCCCACUUUGCUUUCUGCCCCGCGCCCCGCUCUGGACCCACCCGCCCUUCUUUUGGCAUUUGAACUCCUUAGGUUUGUACUUUCUCACCGAUGUCUACUUGACAGCAGUAGGCCAUGUAAAGUAUUUUUUGUGCACUUGGUUUCGUUGGUUAAUGAUGGCAUUGCUGUGGGUGCUAGGAGUAGUUUGUUUCAGUCCAUACCAAUUUUUUUUCUCUUCUAGAGCUUUUAUGGUUUCAUGUAAGCAGUUAAUGUAAAUAUUGUGAGCGUUACAGGUCAUGCAGUGUUGUAACAUUUUAAAAAAUGUUGCACCUACUUUACGAUUAAAAAACUGGUCACUCGUACUUGAAUUUUGCCCAUAGAGCCAUUUCUUUCUCUUUGCAUUAAAGCAUAAUAUACUUUUUUGAUGGAGGCCCAACCCUUCUUUCUACCUUAUUAUUUUUUGUUUAAUAAAUCUAUAUUUUUUCUAAUAGAAGACUUAAAAAUGAAAAUUUAAAAAAAAUACUUUUUGCCUACUUUCUAAUUUAAGAGAGAAUUCCUAUAUUUAAAAGGUGAAGAAAAAAAAAAAAAUACUCCAUUGUGGAAAGUGGAAGAACACUUUUUAUUUGUCAUUAAUAUGGCACAAUCACACGCGACCGAAGCGGCUGAGUAAAGCGAGCCCACGACGUCAAUCAGGGUCUGGGUAGAUUAGGGAAGUACGUGAUUCUUUGAGGAUGUAAAAGUGUUGCAUAUUCUUGUCUAUUUAUUUAUUUAUUUAUUCUGCUUGCUUUUGCUACGUGGGUGACAAUGUGGUUGAGUCAUUCAGAUGACAAUUCAAAUUAAAGGCAAUAUUCCUCUUUCUAUUAUGGUGCAUUUUGUGAACACCAUAAAAAAAAAAUAAUAAUAUUUUCAUUUGUUUCAAUGGAUUUUCUUCAUACUUUCACUUCUGACAGAAAACGUUUGGCUGGGAUCAGCUGCAAAAAUAAUAGCCGCAUAGUUUAAAAAAUUGUAAAAAAAUCAAAAAAAAAAAAACCCCACCCCACCUCUGAUGUCCCAGGUCCUGUUGUCCUCACAGUCUACGGUUUUAGGGGUUAAAAAGAACUUAAAAUUUAAAGGUAUUUCCUAAAUCAGCUUUGCAGAAGGUUUGUGAGUGAUGCGAGAUCCUUUUGGAGUCCCUGAGUUUGACGGUCUAGAGAUAUUAGAGGGCUCGUGGUGGACUGAAGUACCUUAGGACUGCGACCUUUCUUAGCUACACUUUGUAUUGUGCUAUGUAGGGUUGUAAUGUGAGAGUUCCAGAAGAGCAGUAGCAGAAAAGUGCUUUUCUAUUUUUAAAAAAAAAAACAAACCCAUUCUAGUCUUACUAAGAAUUAGAGAUUUUUUUAAUAUCAGUUUUGUAAUUUUUGAUAAAGUUGUCAAUAUUAUGAUUAAAUCACCAGAAAAACAAGUUCCUGUGAUGUUCUCUUCGGGGCAGGGACUAUGGCUUCCACGUAUCUCUGAGACGCCACGAUGGGAUGCCCAGGCCUAAAUGGGGCCACGGGCACCGCUGUCAAAUUAAAUAGCAGCCAACAACGUUGAGGUUGAUUUAAGUGCAUAAAAGACCAAGGGAAUUCCCAGUUCAGACUGCAGAUCCGAUUUCCCGGCCGUAGUCUGUCUGCUGCGUCCUGCGAGAAGGAAAUGUCAUCGUCGGGUACGGCGUCCGGCGGGUAAGUCGAGGAAGCCGAUGGCUGGUGAAGGUUUUGCUCGCACAACCCAGGACCUUCUCAUCCGAGGCAAAACGGAUCCGCUCCGUUAACUCGCUCCCCUCCCUCUCUCUGCUCUUCUGUUUACUGGUGCUAACUGAGCAAGCCGACGUUCACAUUUCAGGAUUUCCCCCCAAAAAUACCACUAAACCGGUG